AUGCUUAAAGAGAAGCAGGAUCAGGCAUUAAGAAAGGACGCUGAAUCCGGAUACAGCGCGUCAUCUCUUAUCACUGCCCCGCCUGAUGGAAUUCCCUCAUUAUUUGACCCUUCUAUUUCGCUGCCCCCGGCCCCAGACGGUGGCUAUGGCUGGGUGAUUGUUAUUAGUUCUUUCUUUGUAAUGCUUAUUAGCGAAGGAUUUUCCCUAUCAUUUGGUGUACUCUUUACAGAGUUGUCAGAUGUUUUCAAGCAGAGUAAAAGUGUAACAUCUAUAAUUGCAUCCCUAUUCUAUGGAAUCCCCAUGAUUUGUGGACCUAUAGCCAGUGCCAUUGUAACUAAAUUAGGAUGCAGAAAAGCGCAGAUUCUUGGAGGAUUGAUCACAAGUGUUGGAGUCUUGGCUAGUGCCUUUGUGGAUUCCAUUGGCCUUAUCUGUUUUACCCUUGGUUUUGUCGCAGGAUUCGGGCUCUCUAUUGGGUAUAUUACGUCUGCAGUCCUUGUGGCGUACUAUUUUGAAAAGAAGCGAUCUCUGGCGUCCGGGUUGUCUGUUUGUGGAUCUGGUAUCGGUACCUUUGUGUUUGCUCCACUUUUGGAAUUCCUCAUUGAAGAGUAUGGAUGGAGAGGUACCUUUGUUAUUCUCAGUGCCAUCACAUUGAAUUUAGUCGUUUGUGGAGCACUGAUGAGACCUUUGGAAUUUACUCCUUUGGAAGAAUGGAAAAGAAAUUUAGAAAAAUUUGAAAAUAUGGCGAAAACAAUAUCGGAAUCUAAACUGCACAAUCGAAAUUGCCUCGCUAACAGUUCGGAUAUGCUGAACUUAGAUUAUCACAAUGAUAACAAAUGCUUAGCUGAGAAAAGACAGCGUUGUCAUUCAAUGGUUCAAUUGCCUACUUUUACAAAUAAAUCCAAGAAUAUUCCACUUGACAUGUUAUGUGUUGUACGAAGAAAUGGUAAGAAUUCGCAGCACAUCUUGAAGAAAUAUUUUCAAAGCAUGGAUACAAUCAACGUUCACACCACAGGAAAUACCUGUGCACCUAAUAAAGACAGACUUCCGGGCCAGGAAAUGAUAAAUGUAGUUGCAAACGAUGAUCAAAAUGCCUGUCACGAGAAAGACAGACUUGUAAAAGAUGACAUAGUAAGAAAGAGAAGCAAGAAAAAAUCUCUUGUACGGAGGAAGACCCUAAAUCGACGAACAAUUAUACAGUAUUAUCCUCUGUUCAGAAAAGACUUAUUUUACAGAAGAAGUCUUAAAAGAUUUACAGUCACUCCAAAGAACCGACCAAAGAGCUGUCCAGCAAUACACCCAGAGGUGUUAGAUGAAAGCGAUGAUGAAGACGAUGACAAUGAUUCUUCUAUACCAAGACUCCUGAGAUUAUCCAAACACAUCAAGAAAAUGUUCAAGUUGAUGUUUGAUUUCAAAAUCAUGAAAAACCCAUUCUUUCUUAUGUUUCUGAUUUCCAACUUCAUAUCGUACUUCUGGUACGAUGUACCAUAUGUAUUUCUGAAUGAUAUUGCUAUAGAAGGGGGGAUAGAAGAUCCGGCCUUCAUUAUUUCAAUCCUUGGAAUUGUGAAUACCUUUGGACAGAUUGUAUAUGGAUUUAUAGGUGACAGAAACAUAGACCUGACCUUGCUCUAUGGAGUGUCGAUCAUGCUCUCAGGAUUGUGUGUAAUGAUUGUUCCGUGGUUCCUGUCUUUUGUACCACUUUGCAUUAUUGCGAGCCUGUUUGGGUUCUUUGUUAGCGCCAGCUAUGCACUGGAUACCGUGAUUCUGGUGGAAAUUGUUGGGAUUGAUAAGCUGACCAAUUCCUAUGGACUAACCAUGAUGAUGCAGGGAUUAGCCAAUAUCAUAGGACCUCCUGUAGCUGGUUUACUUUAUGACCUGUCGGGUUCCUAUGACCACACCUUCCUGGUCGGGGGAAGCUUUUUCUCCUUUUCCGGUCUACUACUGAUCUUAUUACCAGUUGGAAAACGCUUAAAAUCAUUCAUUUACAGAAAAAGAUCUCUCAGCAAAAGAACUCCAAAACGGCGAGAAAUCUUGGUGAAAGCUUAA